AUGGUCACAUCUGACCCAACAAUAGUCUGUCUUCCAGGCUUAGGUCAGGACCACCGUUGCUACCAGUACAUCCUCCCUUUCUUGGUGGGCAAGUAUCGCGUCAUCAGAAUUUUAUGGAGGAAUCGCGGCGCCACCAGCGAAGCCGCGGGAAAAUGGACCGUGGAGGAUCAAGUAAACGAUACGAUCGCAGUUUUGGGCACUCUCCAGGUCCAAAAGUUCAUUCCCAUUUCUCACUUCCAAGGAGGUUGGUGCGCCAUGGAGAUGGCCGCACGUCUAGGGAGGCAAAGGGUCCCGGCUGUGCUAUUGACCGAUUUCAUCCUCACUCGGCCAUCAGCAGAAUUUAUCAAGAACCUGCAGAUGAUGCAAAACAAGGAGACUUGGCAGCAGGUUCAGGCCCUGCUCAUUAAGAAAUGGCUUAACAACACUUCCAACAGGAACGUUCUAAAUCAUUGCGAGAACGAUCUAGACACUAACGGAUUCGACAACUGGUCCUAUUUUUGCUGGGUGGUGGAAAAGAACUAUCAGCGCUGGGGUUCACCUAUGGAGCGACUUGAGGCUAUCAAAGACCCUCCUUUAGUUCGACAUGUCUUCAGCCAUCCCAAAGAGGAGGCUUAUCUUGCGGAACAUGAGGAAUUUGCGCGAAAACACCCUGAUUGGUUCAGCUUCGCCAGGCUCCGCGUGGAAUCGCACUUCUCCGUUGUCGAGCUACCAGAAGCUGUGAGUCUGCAAUUAUCACGUCUUGUCAAUCAGAUAAAGAGCAAGUAG